GGGCUGGUCGGAGCCGCUGGCGCUGGGCUCGGGCGGCGGAGCCUGGGCGGAGCCGGAGCCGUUCCCGCGCCCGGCCGCGCUCCGCAGCAGCGGGGCUGGCAGUGGAGCGGCCCCACCGCGCCCAAACGCGCCAAACCCGGCCGGCACCGCAUCGAGCCGCCCACUGGCAAGAGACCCCUGAGCUUCCCGGAGACCCCCCAGGCCGCCCCGUCGCGCGCUGGACAGCCCUACCGGCAACCUUCCGGAAGCUUCUCAGCCCCCGGCGGCGCCGGCACGGCCUACGCUCGCUACAAACCCUCCCCGGAGAGGUACGGCGGGCGCUCGGCGUUCCCGGGGGAGCCGCACUCCGGACACUCCUCCGGACACUCCGGACACUCCUCCGGACACUCCGGACACUCCAGCCACGACGACUCCUCGUCCGGAGGAGGGAUCAGCAGCCACGAGGGCACCAUGGAGCGCCACAAACCGGAGCCCCUCUGGCACGUCCCGGCACAGUCGCGGCUGCCCGGCGGGAAACGCCCGGGCCGGCAGGAGCCCGGCGGGAAGGACUCGCCCAGCAGGCAUUCCAAGCCGGGGGAGCCGCCGUAUUCCAGCCAUUCCAGCACCAACACCCUGUCCAGCACCGCCUCCAGCGGCCACAGCGACGAGCGCUGGUCCGACCCGGCCGAUCCCGCGGGCUCCGACCCGAUCCCGACCCCAAUCCCAGCCCCAAUCCCACCAAGGGCGGCUCCAGCGACAGCGGCAUCGACGCCCCCGCCAGAGCCGGCCCCCAGCGGGACGCCAAGAUUCCCAAAUCCAGCAGCGGCGGCGCCGCCGAUUCCAGGCGGGAUCCGUCCCCCCCCUCCGGGAAGAGCUGCCGGCAGAAAAGCGGGAAUUCCGCCGCCCCCGACGCCUUCAAGCCCAGUUCCAGCCCCCGGCCCCUCCUCCCCUCCUCGGCCGCCCCCCAACUUUCCGCUUCCGUCCCCAAAUCCUUCUUCUCCAAGACCCCGGCAGGAGCUAAAGGCGGCGGCGCCGGAUGGAAACGGCCCGAGGAGCCCCUCGAGCCCAGAAAACAGACAGGUGAAUGUCUUCGGCCAGCCCCGUCUCCGGGCCUCGCUCCGCGACCUCCGCUCCCCCCGGCGCGCCCCCAAAUCCAGCAUCGAGGACGACCUGAAGCGCCUCAUCCUCAUGGAUUCCUCGGCCCCCGAGCCGGAAACCCCUAGGGUGACCCCCCAAAUUCCCGUGCAGCCCCUGCAGAGGACGCUGUCGGACGAGAGUCUGUGCGGGGGGCGCCGGACCCUCUGA